CUCGUUGUAUUAUCGAAGGAUUGGCACUAGCCAUUUAUUGUUUACAUCAUAUGACACGAAGAUGGUUGGUAGAGGACUGCAAACAUUGAAUUGGUUUGAAAGAUUAUGAGUGGUGCACAGGUUUCCUGACGACCCGCAUAAGAUAAUCACGUUUAGGGGCCAUGACCACAGCCGUUAAGACUCUGAUGUGUACGUUCACAAAAAGCCACUCAGCAACGUGUAAGUGAUUUGCUCAUUGGGGCGAUGUUUGCCCAUUUCAGUUUUUUUUUACCGAAUACGCGAACUGUCUUCGAGUAACAAAGGCGGGGCUUUUAAGGGUAAACGCAAAGUUGCUUUGCUUUACGCCACACAGAUGUUGACGGGGAGGGGAAAUUGAAGCACAAUUGGCAGGACCAUGGACAGAUCCCCGAGUCUUAGCCAACCACAGUCUAGUUCCCUCCCAGCGGUCGGUGUCGUUUGCUGCGAUUCAGCUGCUGUGUAGCAAUGGCCAAUAGCAUGCCAUCACCUCUCUCCCUCAGAAAUCACUGCGAAAACCUGCAGAUGUCUGCGUCAAUGCGAACAAUGUUCUCUCGUUUAUUCAGCAAGUAGCAUUUUUACCGGAUUUUUGUUUUUAUUUUUAUUUUUUGCAUUAGUCUAUUCAUUUCUAUACAUAUAUAUCCACGCAUCAACAAGCUUUAUUACCACCGAAGUAGGAUGGUUAAUAAGUCAGAAUAUCGUUUCCUUUAGCUAUAGCUGCCAGAGCAUUUUAUUGAGAAGACAUACGUGCAGAUAUGAAACGGACUCAUUUGUGGUGAAUGAAACACUCAGAGAAGCGCGGACCCCGUUAUCUGCCACACGUGAAUGGAGAUGUUCGGCUAUUUUAUACGCCAAGUAGUAGCGUGGCCUCCCCCAUAGACUUUGCAUCUCGCCAGGCACAUAUACAUUUACCGCAUAGAUAUUUGUGAUUUGAUCACGGCAGGUCCAACUCUAAGGUACCUUGGAGAGCGACGAAUGCGUUCGGUUCAAAGUGCGCUAAUUUUCUGAAGGAUAUUUUAAAAGAAUAGGCCCAGUAAAGAAUAUUUAUGAAAUAAUGCUUAAUUAUCGACGCUGACUAAAAUUGACUGGUGUACGUUCCAUUCAGGCAGUUUUUAUUACACCUUGGCCUUUAGAUUCUGUAGCCUCCAAGCCCAAGGUAAGAUGGGUACAGUGCUCUCUGUUUCCCCCAGCUACCGCAAGGCUCCUCUUUUUGAUGAGAUACCACCUAUGGUGGGUCAUUAUACGGCUGUGCAGAACAGUAAGAAUGCCAAAGAUAAAAACCUAAAGCGUCAAUCACUCAUCAGCGUCCUGCCAUGGAAGCGCAUUGUAGCUGUGUCAGCCAAGAGGAAAGGUUCAAAGAAACUUGCAUCAGGAGACAGCCAGGAGGAAGGGAGUGUGGACACCCUCAACAGCCAGAACUUGAAGAAAUCCCAGUCCUGUGCCAACCUUUCCACCUUCACCCAGGAAACAGUUGUAAGCUCCAUACCUACAUCCAAGACCACUACCAAUGUGGUCUCAACUGCCAAGAGGACCUCGAUCACAGGAUCCAUGGGCCAAGCCACCAGCGCAGGUACACCUAAGAGGGUAAUAGUGCAAGCAUCUACCAGCGAGCUUCUCAGAAGCUUGGGGGAGUUCUUGUGCCGGCGCUGCUACCGGCUGAAACGCCUUUCUCCGGCCGACCCAGUCUUGUGGCUUCGCAGUGUGGACCGCUCACUCCUGCUGCAAGGCUGGCAGGAUCAAGGCUUCAUCACCCCAGCCAAUGUCGUCUUUCUCUACAUGUUGUGUCGUGAUGUCAUUUCGGCUGAGGUGUCUAGCGAGCGGGAGCUGCAGGCCGUGCUGCUCACCUGCCUCUAUCUGUCCUACUCUUACAUGGGCAAUGAGAUCUCCUACCCACUCAAGCCCUUCCUGGUGGAGGCAGAGAAGGAGGCUUUCUGGGACAGAUGCCUGGAGAUCAUCAAUCGCAUGAGUGUCAAGAUGCUGCAGCUGAACUCAGACCCGCACUAUUUCACACAGGUCUUUGCUGAUCUGAAAAACGAGAGUCAGAAGGAGGAGGAGAGUCCACUGCUGAUUGGACUGGAUCGGUAAAGUCUCUCAUGGGGGGUGGGAGGGGAAAUAAACAUCGGGUACAUUUAUUUUGUUAGGAGUCAUUGCUUAAAAAAUAUUUCGAUACCAGCCCCCAUGUAACAUGACAUGGAGAUCCCCCACUAUUAAUCUGGCAAGUAAAGGACCAUGUUUACUACAGUUCCUCCACUUUUCCGCGAUGGACUGAAUAUGUCAGUGUUGAGGAGCUGUGGCUGAAACCGGAUGUAUACAGGGGUGGUGACUUCAGCCAAGUCACUGGAUCCCCAGCAUGUAAAUUCAUUACAUGAUAUCUUCAAAAGCCUUUGUGCAUGUGUUAGGGGGCAAGAAGAGAUGCAGGAGCUAUAGUGGGGAUAAGGAGGGUGGGAACCCAGCACAAGCCGCUGAGAUGAUUCAAAAGCAAUGCCCAUGAGCAAACCAAAGACUCACAGCUCCUGUAACUAGAACAUUUGGGAUUUCACUAUUGAUAACUGCAGUGUUUCUGCUGUGUUCUUCCAGUGCAGUUGUGCAAGGUCCCACACAUGAAACUCCAGCUCAGCCAGUAAAGCAACACGCUGCUACUGUGAGCAGCCAUUUUGUCUGUUACCAAUACAUUACCAUGGUUUUGCAUAGCUUUCCCUCCAAAGAGGUGAUUGAAGAUCUUAAAGUGCUGAAGGCACAGGGCUCCAUAAAGACACAAACAUGCAACAUUGGUGAAUGAAAAGAGGCAAGUGUUGAUUAUAGCAUUGAGCAAGCAGUGUAAGGUGUGGGGUUAAGUAUUAUGUUUUAUCAGGGAGUGGGGUAAUAAACAUCACUUGGUAAAGAAAUUAAAUCUUUUAUCUCAAAAGGAAAGUUUGUCUGACACAUUUUAUGUUAUGAGCUGCCUCUUUUCAUUGUCAAAAGAACAGAAUAGGUAUAACAAGGACAAAUCCAGUGGUUAUGUAUUAUUUUGUAUUUGUUCUGCUCACCCCCACCCCCCAAGAUGCACUGUACAUGUUAUUAUAUGGGUGUUUCUUCAUGCAUGCUUCUUUGACAAAUAAUUAGUUUUUAAGGACCUCCCCCCUGCAGUUCUAGUCUAAACUCGUUCCGCAUAGAUCUGUUGAACUGGUCUACCAAAGAGGUCAAAGGUUGGGUCAGUUCUUACCCACAAAACAUCAAAAUCAUCUGGCAUGGGCUUUCAGUAAUCUUUAAAAAUGGAUACAAGCUUUGAGUGGACAAAGUAAGACCAUAUUUUUUAUACCAUUUGGCAAAAGGAUCUGAUCUUCCACACAUGGCUUGUAAUAUAUUUUCCAUAAUGGUGUUAUCAACAUGAAGUAAAAAAAAAAAAAAGCUAUUUUCAUCAAUCUAAAUGACACAAACUUAAGGGUGAAGUUAUAAUCACAUAUCAACCAAUUUUAUAAAUGCAUGGAGAAAUAACAGGAAGAGAGGAAAACUGCAGUAGUUGGGUUAUGUACAGGAAAAACGUUAGAAGUUAUUAUUAUAUUACAGAAAGAAAUACAGUGUUCUGAGAUUAGGGCUGUUCCAUGUACAUCCUAGCAGUACAGUAUAUGCCUAGGAUAUACUGUAUAUUUUUCCUAUAAGAUAUACUGUAUAAUAAGCCCAGGAUAUAACAUAUAAUAUUCCUAAAGGAUAUACUGUAUAAUAUUCCUAGGAUAUACCAUAUAUUAUUCCUAUAGGAUAUACAGUAUAAUGUUCCUAGGGUAUGUAUUUUUCCUUGGAUAUACAGUAUAAUAAGCCUAGGAUAUAGUGUAUGUUUUUGCAUUUUUCCUUACACCAAACCUUAUUUGAACACUUGUGUGGAAUGUGGAUAAAAAAAACUUUCUUUAGUGAUGUAAUCACUCAUAAGCUGUGAAUCCAGUGUUUUCGUUUUUCAAGGAGAAUGGGUAUUUUUUUUAAAAAGUGCUGCGAAUUUGCAUAAUAUUAUCCUCAGUCUGGUGCAUGGAGGAGGAGCAUUAAAAAAAUCUUUGUUACCUCAGAGAGUUGCAGACUACUAAACGGAAAUUUGAGAUAAAUGUCUGAAAUAUAUCUAAAGAUCAUGUAUGCUUUCCAUGAGUCUGCUGCAGUCAGUGCUGGUUCAGGUCUGGCACAUGUAACAGGGUAUCAAUCCAGUGCCAAUAAUAACCGUUACUUACUGCCAGAAAGCAGCUUGUUUAUAAACUGCAAAAACAAGGAAAAUAAAGCAAAUGGAGGUCAAGUGCAAACAAUCUAGUUUAAAACAUGCUAUGAGAGAACAACUGGUGUCAGGCUGAUAAGGUUUGAAGUCUCAGUGUGUACCUGCGCAUGACAAUGGCAUGAAUAUCAGUCCUAACAAUUCUGAAAUAGUGAGCGUACACAUAAGUCCGGAUGACUCAGUAAUAGAAAACAUAAAUAUAAAUCUAACAUGUGUGUAAUGGUGGGCAUAAAUAUCAGGCUGACUGAGGUCAUGGAGGGAGAUGAGCCAAGAGUUGGGGGAAAUGCCCAGCCUGAUGUGAAGGAUCAGCAGAGAUGAUGAUGUCACAAUAGUUAACUCCUCCCACUGUCUUGAGCAUUUUUGAUGCAAGAAACAUAUUCAGAUAGAGAUCAGAUUGGAAAAAAUGCAUAUGAAUGUCAAGGUUAUGUUUUACUUCUUUGUAUAAAGUUUCCAUUUUAAUUUGCAAUAAGGCAAACAGUUUUACUCUUAUAAUUGAUUUAAAGUCUCAAGAAUAUAUCAGAAAUUUGAUGUAAGCAAAGAUCUUUAACAGUUCCCUGAUAGAGACUAACAAACAAUUAACUAGUAUUUUGCAUUUAAAAUGAGAUCAAAUGUACCACAACAUGUCAUGGAGCAGAGAGCUCACUGGUGAGAUGUUAGCACAAAAGGAAGCAAUAUAGGACUCAUUAUAGCCUGGGUUAUACGACACCUGGGUUAAAAUAUAGCCUGGGUUAUAUGAGACCUGGGUUAAAAUAUAGUCUGGGUUAUACGACACCUGGGUUAAAAUAUAGCCUGGGUUAUACAAUAUAGCCAAAUUUAUACAAGUGGAGAGUUAAAUAUCUGUCUAUGCUAAAGGAAUUCCAGUCCAGAAAAAGGCUGAAUCACUUAUAUUUGUAUUUAUCCAUUUUUCUUGUACUCUUUAAGAGAGACACAUGUACCGCCUCCAAGUGUAGAGUUCGGUUGUAGUACAGACACAGCGCAGUUGAUUCUGUAGAACUCUGUAUCUCUGUGUAAAUGGUUUUUCCUCUGGUAAAGCAGUGUUGCUUGUCAUUGUAUCUUUACAUAAUGACAUAAAUGCCCGUGGGUUGAAUGCAUUGUAAAGAACGCAACCUGACUGUGUGAGAAGAACAAGUGUCCAGCAGGAAGAUCACGCCAGAGUGACACCAUGCAAGCACACAAGUCAUCUUUACCUCCCCCUCUCCAUCAGACUGAAAAACGUACUGUAAAUAAUGAACGACUACAAAGUAGGAGGGAAGCAGAAUUUGGUUUCACUCUUUCUCUUAUGUUUUAUGGUUUGUGGUUUUUGAGCAAAAGAAAAGAAUUAAUCUAUAUAGAUAACAUAUUCAAGGAAGCAAUCUGUAACUACAGCGUAUGAGUGUGAAUAUGUGCAAUGACUUUGUUUUCACUUUAUAUAAAAACAGUGUUAAGCUA